AUGCCUGACCCGGUCAAAUGGUGCAUAUGUAUCGGCUACUUUUACGGUCGGCUCACCGGAGUCUUGAACUUCGAGAUCGACCUAAAAACGGGUCGCACCCGGGUCACCAAUCGGGCCAACCUGUACGCAGCUCUCGCCCAAAUAGUACUGACAUACUUUCUGGUCCAUCAGGCGAUGGAAGUGAAGUUCUUUCGACUUUUUUGGUGGCAAGCCAAUAUUCUCCACGAGGUCGUGUAUUUGGCGAUGGCAGGAUUCAGGCUGGGCUGCAUCCUGAUAUCCCUAGUGAGUCGCUGGCUAUACCGCCGUCACUUCAUCCGGCUGUUCCACUCUUUCCGCUGCCUGGUCCACGAGCACCCAGAGAUCACACAGUGCUGCCGCGUCGGGAUCGUCAGCAAGUGCUUUUUCUCCACCGCCCUGGACGCUCUGAUGCUUCUGAUGGGCCUGGUCAUGAUGUGGCAGCACCUAACCGUAUUUAUGGUUCUGCAGAUAUGUUCAGUUUCGAUCCUUACGGCCGUCAUAAAUGUGAUCAUAACCCAGUACCACGUAGCCAUUGCCAUUAUAAGAGGGCGCUACACCCUCCUGAUUAGGGAACUUGGGAGUAUCAUGGCCGAAGCUCAGACGUUGGUGCCAAGCGGAGUCGGAGUCUUUGUGACAAGGUGCUGCGCCCUGGCCGACAGCUUGGAUGAACUGGCCGCAGCACAAUCCAACCUGCAAGCUCUUACGGAAUGUUUGUCGAAGACCUACGGUCUGCAGAUUCUAAGCAUGUUCAUGGCGUAUUAUCUGAACUUUGUGGGAACUGCCUACUUGAUCUUCAGUGUCGGGAAGUACACAAACAUCACGGAAAACUGGCCACCUCUCUUCAAGGCUCUGGCAGCGGCCUACAUGGUGAUCUUCAUUAGCGACUGUUAUCUAUGUACGUACAACCCCUUUCGGCUCCUCAACUCCCACUCUGAGUUGUCUGCACUUCUGAAGCAAAGAUCUACCCUGCCGCCUGGAUUGGACCCACGUUUGGAAAUAGCCUUUGAAAACUUUGAACUGAACCUGGCGCGGAAUCCCCUGACUCUGUCCUUCUUCGGGGCCUACACCAUUGACCCUGCCUCUCUAUUUGCCGUGAUGAACUCCCUUAUAACAAACGCAAUACUCCUAAUACAAUACGAUGUAGAGAACUACUAA